UCCUUGCCAGGGACUGGAUGAUUAUUAGGCUGAAGAAGCUGAAAGGGGGCAGGAAAAGAACUGGAGGCAGCAUUCUUCCUAUUUAAAGCUGCAUCACUUGAGGGGGGAAAAGUGUUUGCAGGCUGCGCAAGAGCCAGAGCUGCUUAAAAAGAAAAGGCAAGCAAGAGAGGAGCUUGCAGACUUUCCGUGUGUCCUGUGGGAGUGCUAAAAGAAAAGAGCUGGCUUUAUGAUGUCCAUAUGAUCUUCUUUUGUACACUUUUUGUUUUGCACUUUUCCUCUAAGGAGGAUAUACAUGUCUAAUAUUUAGACAUGAUGGCCAUCUGGACCCAAAGAAGAACGUUUGUCAUUCUUAUUGCUUUUCUAGGACAUUUGGGGACGAUACGAACACAAGAAGAGGACGAGUUUGAAGGGGACUUCGAAGAAGAAGAAGAAAUCGCCUGCACUCAGAAUAACCAGGUGUACCUGAACAGGGACAUCUGGAAACCUACAGAAUGCCAGAUUUGUGUGUGCGACAAUGGAGCCAUUCUGUGCGAUGCUAUCCAGUGUCUCGAACCACUAGAAUGUGAAAACCCACAAGUUCCCCCUGGAGAGUGUUGUCCUACAUGCCCAAACACAGCCCGAAAUGGAUUUGAAGGUUCUAUCGGUAGAGGACUAAAGGGUCAAAAAGGAGAACCUGGAGUAGUACCAGUGGUUACGGGUAUACGAGGACGGCCGGGACAAUCUGGACCUCCAGGUUCACAAGGACCAAGAGGAGCUCGAGGACCCAAAGGAAGACCGGGUGCCCGUGGCCCUCCAGGAAUAGAUGGGGAACCUGGUGUACCUGGACAACCUGGUGACCCUGGACCUCCUGGACAACCAUCCACAGGACCAGAUGGCAUAGGCAGACCAUUUACAUCUCAGAUGGCAGGACAAGAUGAGGCCCUUGCACAUAUGAUGAUGCCUGGUCCAGUGGGUCCUGUGGGUCCAAGAGGAGCUCCAGGUAAUCAUGGGAAACAAGGUCCUAUUGGGCCUCCAGGUGCUCCAGGUGAAGUUGGUGACCCAGGAUCCAUGGGUUCACCUGGUGUUCGUGGCCCAGAAGGUCCUCCAGGAAAGCCUGGUGAAGAUGGUGAAUCUGGCAGACCAGGACAACCUGGGGAAGUUGGAUUUCCAGGAUCUCCAGGAGCUCGAGGUUUUCCUGGUACACCAGGUCAUCAAGGUCUAAAGGGCCCUAGAGGAGAGAAAGGACUUGAUGGCCCUAAAGGUGAACUUGGAGCCCAUGGAUCUAAGGGUGAAUCAGGUCCAUCAGGGCAGAUGGGUGCAACAGGUCCUAUGGGUCCCCGAGGGAUGGCAGGAGAAAGAGGUCGAAUUGGACCACAGGGCGUUCCAGGGGCUCGUGGUUCACAUGGUAUGCCUGGGAAACCAGGACCAGCGGGUCCUCUCGGUAUAAUUGGUUCAUCAGGUUUUCCUGGCAUACCUGGCAUGAAGGGUGAAGCUGGUCCCACAGGUGCUCGUGGUCCAGAAGGUCCUCAAGGACCAAGAGGAGAAACGGGUGCCCCAGGUCCCCCAGGAUUGUUUGGUCUUCCUGGUGCCUUAGGUACAGAUGGUUCCAGAGGUACAAAAGGGCCUUCAGGAUCUCCAGGAACUUCAGGGCCACAUGGCUUAUCAGGUCCACCUGGUUCUCCAGGACCACAAGGCAGUACAGGUCCUCCUGGCAUUCGAGGACAAAUGGGAGAUCCUGGCGUUCCAGGUUUCAAAGGAGAAGCUGGACCCAAAGGAGAGCCAGGUCCCCAUGGCCUCCAAGGACCAAUUGGACCCGUUGGUGAAGAAGGGAAAAGAGGUCCUCGUGGUGAUCCAGGAUCAGUUGGUAUUUCUGGACCUGUUGGAGAAAGGGGUCCUCCUGGUAACCGUGGCUUUCCAGGAUCUGAUGGUUUGCCAGGACCAAAGGGAGCUCAAGGGGAACGUGGUCCUGCGGGGGCUUCAGGCCCUAAAGGAAGCCAAGGGGAUCCUGGUCGCCUGGGUGAACCUGGUCUCCCAGGUGCCAGGGGUCUGACAGGGAAUCCAGGGGUCUCAGGUCCAGAAGGGAAACUUGGUCCCUUGGGUGCUCCAGGAGAAGAUGGUCGGCCAGGCCCUGCAGGUCCAAUUGGAAUUAGAGGCCAGCCAGGCAGCAUGGGUCUUCCUGGCCCAAAAGGGAGCAGUGGGGAUCCUGGAAAACCUGGAGAAGCAGGAAAUCCUGGUGUCUCGGGGCAGAGGGGGGCACCUGGAAAAGAUGGUGAAGUUGGCCCCGCUGGUCCUGUUGGGCCCCAUGGACCAGCAGGAGAAAGAGGAGAACAAGGUCCUCCAGGUCCCACAGGCUUUCAGGGUUUACCCGGUACCCCAGGCCCUCCAGGAGAAGGGGGAAAACCAGGUGAUCAGGGUGUUCAUGGUGAUCCCGGAGCUCUAGGUCCCUUAGGUCCAAGGGGAGAACGUGGCCAUCCAGGUGAAAGAGGAAACCCAGGAUCACCUGGUCUUCAGGGGGAAAAGGGUAUGGCUGGAGGUCAAGGUCCUGAUGGUCCAAAGGGAAAUCCAGGCCCUUCAGGAGCAUCAGGAGAUCAAGGCCCACCUGGUCUUCAGGGAAUGCCUGGAGAGAGAGGCCUGGCUGGAACACCUGGCCCCAAGGGCGAUCGGGGCAGCAUAGGAGAAAAAGGAGGCGAAGGCACAGCUGGCAAUGAUGGGGCCAGAGGACUCCCAGGUUCAUUAGGCCCAAAUGGCCCUGCAGGUCCGGCUGGUGAAAAGGGUGAACCUGGUCCUCGAGGUUUAGUUGGCCCUGCAGGCUCUCGUGGAAAUCCUGGUUCCCGUGGUGAAAAUGGCCCAACUGGCCCAGUUGGAUUUGCUGGCCCUCAGGGCCCUGAUGGUCAACCUGGUGUGAAAGGUGAACCUGGGGAGCCUGGGCAGAAAGGAGAUGCUGGAUCCCCAGGACCUCAAGGUCUUUCAGGUUCUCAUGGUCCACCAGGCCCUCCUGGGGUUCAUGGACUCAAAGGAGGCCGUGGUACAAAAGGACCCCCUGGUGCUACAGGUUUUCCUGGAUCUGCUGGAAGAGUUGGACCCCCAGGACCUACAGGAGCUCCUGGUCCAGUUGGGCCUCUUGGUGAAUCAGGCAAAGAAGGUCCUCCAGGUGUUCGUGGAGAUCCUGGUGGUCAUGGCCGAGUAGGAGAUAGAGGCCCAGCAGGACCAUCUGGCGGUUCUGGAGACAAAGGAGACUCAGGAGAAGAUGGACAACAUGGUCCUGAUGGCCCCCCAGGUCCAUCUGGAACUACUGGACAGAGAGGUAUUGUGGGAAUGCCCGGCCAACGUGGAGAGAGGGGCAUGCCUGGCCUGCCAGGCUCUGCAGGAACUCCUGGAAAACAAGGUCCAACUGGACCAACAGGGGACAAGGGUCCUUCUGGGCCUAUUGGUCCUCCAGGUGCUUCUGGACCGGUGGGUGAAGCAGGGCCAGAGGGUCCUGCUGGUAAUGAUGGCACUCCUGGGCGAGAUGGAGCUGUUGGUGAAAGGGGUGAUCGUGGUGAGCCUGGACCUGCAGGACUUCCUGGUUCUCAGGGUAUUCCAGGUACCCCAGGGCCAGUUGGAUCUCCAGGGGAUGCGGGACAAAGAGGUGAACCAGGUUCACGAGGCCCAGUAGGUCCUCCUGGACGUGCUGGAAAACGAGGUUUACACGGUCCCCAAGGUCCUCGUGGUGACAAAGGUGACAAUGGUGAUCGAGGGGACAGGGGACAGAAAGGUCAUCGAGGUUUCACUGGCCUGCAAGGUCUCCCUGGACCUCCUGGACCUACUGGUGAACAAGGCAGUGCUGGGAUUCCAGGCCCAUUUGGCCCAAGAGGUCCCCCAGGUCCUAUUGGACCUUCAGGUAAAGAAGGAAAUUCUGGACCACAUGGACCGGUUGGACCUCCUGGUGUAAGAGGAACUUUAGGAGAAGCAGGACCUGAGGGCCCUCCUGGUGAUCCUGGUCCUCCAGGCCCACCAGGUCCCCCCGGCCAUCUUACUGCUGCAAUUGGUGAUAUUAUGGGACAUUAUGAUGAUGGUCUAGCAGACCCACUACCAGAGUUCACUGAAGAUGAAGCUGCUCCAGAUGACAGCAAUAAAACAGAUCCAGGAGUCCAUGCCACAUUGAAGUCACUGAGUAGCCAGAUUGAAACCAUGCGCAGCCCUGAUGGAUCCAAGAAGCACCCAGCCCGUACUUGUGAUGAUUUAAGAUCAUGUCAUCCAUCCAAAAAGAGUGGAGAAUACUGGAUUGACCCUAAUCAGGGCUGUGUAGAAGAUGCAAUUAAAGCAUUCUGCAAUAUGGAAACAGGAGAAACGUGUAUAGCUGCAAAACCAGCUGUUAUUCCACGUAAAACAUGGUGGACAAGUAGGUCAUCUGAUCUAAAACCAAUAUGGUAUGGACUUGAUAUGAACAGAGGUUCACAGUUCGUUUAUGGUGAUAAUCAAUCACCCAACACAGUGAUCACGCAAAUGACUUUCCUGCGCUUACUCUCCAAAGAGGCCUCUCAGAAUAUCACCUAUCAUUGCAAAAACAGUAUAGGUUACAUGGAUGACCAAGCUAAGAACCUGAAGAAGGCUGUGGUGCUGAAGGGAGCCAAUGACCAUGAUAUCCGAGCUGAAGGAAACAACCGUUUUAGAUACACUGUCAUUUCUGACACUUGCUCUAAACACAAUGGGAAUGUGGGCAGCACAAUCUUCGAAUACAAAACACAGAACGUGGCACGAUUACCUAUCAUUGAUAUUGCCCCAGUAGAUGUUGGAGGUGCAGACCAAGAAUUUGGAGUAGAGAUUGGACCAGUUUGUUUUGUGUAAAAAAGUAAAGAAGCAAAUAAGUAAAUACUUAAAUAAAUAAAUAAACGGGCUUAUCUUUUCAAAAGCAUUGGGGAUGACAGCAGCAGCAACAGAACUCAAGAACUUAGACUGAGUGAAGUUAAUCCUGAGACUCUUGAAAUUACGGCUGAUAUUACAAUCAGCAUUGUAUAUAACAGUUCUUUCUAACUCCCUGGCCUUCUUUAGUGUAUUUAUUUUACUUACAAAUCUUCAGUCUCACUGUCUAAGUCAACAUUUUAAUGAAGUAAAUCCUAUUUUAAAACGACAAGUGACCACACCUGUAUCUAAAAUAAUUCAAAACUAAUCUUCGUUGCCUAAUUAGAAAAGGUAAUCAUGAUUUCUGGAGGUUCUGCUCAACUUUAAAAAGUGUAAUUCAUAUAAUAGAAGUAUGCUGAAGAGCAAUAGGAAAUAAAUAAAAGAUUCAGAUGUUCACCAUAUCAAAAUUACCAGUCCAUCAAUGCAGCGCCAUAGGGCACCUCCACAGUCAGCCAUGGCUCUGUUUUCAAAAUGUUGUGCCAUCUGUAUGAACCCAUACUAUUCUGUUUGUCAACUGAGCCACUUUAUUUCCAGCUCACCAUUUGUGAAUUUCAAAUCAUAGUUGAAACAAUUUCCCUUUUGAUAUACCGAUGUCUUGAAGAGUGGCUUCCCUUUGGUGGCAUCACCCCAGCUCUGAAUUCAUCCAGUCUUUUCCAAUAGAAAUUCAGCCAUUGUGACAUCUUAACAAAAUGUUAUUAUCUUACUUUAAAAUACAAUAGAGGGACAAUGCACAGAUCUUUCCCAAGAAAUCAUUAUGAUAUGGAGAAAUUCAGACAACAUGAAAUUCAGAAAUGUUGGAAACUGGUUCAGGAGUAGCUCAUGGUUUCAAGACCAGGAAUGGCGAGAAGGAUCCGUGGGUCAGCUUCAUAUAGAUUAUUGGGAAUUUGGCAAUGAAAAUGGUGGCAAAAAUCCAUAGAUUACAACAACAAAGUGAUCUUAGUACUGUCUUUUUAGAAGCAACUCCCACUGAGUUCAGUAGUCUUUGUUCCUGGAUAAGUAGGUAUAGGUUUGCCAGGCAGUAGAUACUAGAAGAUGGCUACAUUCUUGAGGAAGAUCAUUAUUCAUAUAAUUGAAGCCACUCCCUAAAAAUGUGUUUUGCAAUCAGUCAUAGCAGAGAAUGAAAGUGAAUCAGUCUUCUUCAACAUGAUGCACUCCAGGUGUGUUGGAUGUUAAAUCCUUUAAUUUAGUAAUCAGCAUUGGUGAUCAUGGAAAUUAAACACCUGGACAAUAGGUUGGGAAAAAAAUUGAAGAAGACAAUAUUUAUGUUUUUAAUGCUUUAGUUAUAAGGUUCCCAGAGCUCAAAGUAUGUUAUCUUACUCAAUAAAUUUACAAUCCCCCAAAAUUAUUUUCCAAAAUAAGUUUCGGAGUCAACACUUAAAUAUUUUGUUUGUGGAGAGGAUUACUUGUUGACUUAAUGAGCAGCAAACCUCUAGUGAACAAUUAUUUCUUGAAAGUAAUAAACUGUAGAUUAUUACAUUUUGCAUGUGGUCAAAGAUGAAAUUUCUAAAUGACUUCAGGUAACAUCAGAAUUCCCCUAAUGUAGCCUUUCUCUAUCUGAGCAUUUUCUAAGUAAGUUUAGUUCCACUCUGAGAAUUCCCAAGCCAGCAGGGUCAUUAUUAAGAAUGUUGGUAGUUGGAGUGGACACAACAAAGAGAUUAUGGAAGGCUGCUACAACUUCUUCAAGUGUAUUGUCCAGUUAUGUGUGUUUGUCAUUUAUUCCCAUGUAUUAAUCCCAAAUCAGGUAUUAACAUAAAUAUUAGAGUUUUACUGUGGCUGAAAGAAAUGUUUCACUCAAUAACUGGUCAUGCAUCAUCAGAAAUUGUGACAUUGUGUGUCUUGAUUUAUUAGGACAAACCAAUGGUCCAUCAUUUCUUAGCAUGAGCUACCUCAUCUCUAGAAGCUGGGAUGCAUUUAAUAAUCUAGUGUUAAUUCUAGAUACAACAAGGUGCUAUGCUUCUGUUAUAAUUCCAAGAAUGGAGAUACACAGGGCAAUAUAAUAAUGAAGUAAUAAUAAUUAUUAAAAUGUUUUCUUUAUGAAAAAGGGAAUGGUGCUAAAAUGGUUUCUGUACAAUCCUGGAAAAAUAAAUUUAUUGUCAUCAACCUUUUCUUUUUUUAAUAGAAUUUAAAUACUAUAUUUUUGGUGUCUGGGAAAAAUUCUUAUACAUUGCGUUUUUCCUCUUAUGGUUUUAUGAUCUACAGAAUGGGGUGUUCAUCACCGUAUUUUUCUUUCCAUGGAGCAUGUGGCUACAAGACUAGUUCUUCAGUUGGCUUCUUUGUUGAAGACCUAUGUUCUCCUGUUUCUUGAUUGUUUGUUUGUUUUUCUAAAUAAACACACACACACACACACACACAAAAGAAAAGCCAUACGCAUAGCUUUAUUCAUGUAUCUUUGCAAAGCAUUUAAUUAAAUACAAGUUUCAUGUUGAGUAAUGGCUUCCUUUGUGUAGAGUGCUUCUGACAAUUUAAUCUAUUUCCAGGGAAAGGCAACAGGAUUCUCUCUGUGUGUGUGGACUGUGCAUGGUAGAGUGUGUGUUUGCUAUGUCAUUUGUAAAUUCAAAAUGUAGCACCCAAAGCACUUAAUAAAUUAAAUAUUAAAGGGAA